AUUUUAUAGUCAUGUUACAAAGAUGGCUGCCGUCUCGUCCCAUGUAAUCAACAUCGAUGAGCUUGCCUAGCCCAAUGUAACUCGAGAAUUCCACGAAAUAAACCUUGAAGCCAGAAUCAAGUAUGGCUACAAUAGAAAAGUUGAUCAAGGCUUUUGAAGGCCUGAGAGUUUUCCAGCCGAAUGCUCAGGCUGCAGAUGAUUCAAAGAAAAAGGAUCAGAAUGUGCCAACAAAGAAGGACAAAAUUCUUCACUGCAAUGUAGUCGCUGACUGCAUGUGUGCCCCUAACAUGAGGGGUGUGGCUGACUUCCCUAAGUUCCUGGGCAUUGCUAUGGAGGCAUUUCUAGCACUGUGUGAUGACCCUGAGGCUGACGUAAGAAUGGUUGCAGAUGAAUGCCUCAAUAGAACUAUCAAGGUUUUGCUUGAGACCAAUCUAGGCCGUUUGCAAGUAGAGCUGUACAAGGAACUAAAGAAGAAUGGUCCAUCCCGGUCUCUCAGAGCUGCUCUGUGGCGGUUUGCUGACAUGUGUCAUCUCAUCAGACCACAGAAAUGCAGACCUUACAUUGUGAAUUUACUCCCGUGCGUUGCUCGCAUUUGUCGACGAGAAGAAGAAGCUGUACAGGAGACCCUCUCAUCUGCCAUGCCUAAGAUUUGUUCCGCUUUAAUGCCAUUUGCCAAUGACACAGAAGUGAAGGCUUUGCUCAAAUCGUUUCUCCCCACCCUACGCGCAACCUCAGCUGUGUGUCGCCGGAUGUCAGCCAGUAGUUUAGCCCUCAUCUGCCAACAUUCCAGGGCACCUCUAUCUUUCUUUAAUUAUUUGGUCAGCGUAUUACUGGAAAUGAUUUUGCCAGUGGAUAUUGAGCAUGAUGUGCCAACUCUGCUGGGGGUUAUCCUGUGUCUGCGUCAUUCGAUUCCUCACCUAGCUCCCACUACCAAUAAAGACCUUGGGCUCAAAGACAGCUUUGGGUACAGAGAGGUAGAGGCAGAACAAGCCAUCCAUGUGGAUCAAAUUAUAAAGAUCUUGCAAGCUUUGCUUCACUAUACUGGGCACAGUGAUCACAAUGUGGUGACAGCUUCCCUGGAGUCUCUACAGCAGUUACUGCGCACACCACCUCCUGCAUUGUUGAGACUGCUUCUGAAAAAGGGAAGCAUUUCAAGAACAUUCAUUUUUUCCCAAGACUUUAAUGAGGAGGAGCAAGCUAGAAUAGACAGUGUGACUGACCUGGCCUUGACCGUGGAUGAGUCGGGACUGGAUGAUGACCCUGGUGAUGUCAGCGGACAGUCGGUGGCUUCAGGGGGAUCUGACAACUCAACCUUUGCCUCAGACUAUGGCACUGGGUCUUUCACAAGUCAACAGAGCUCUGAUGUUGAAGCUGCUAGUGCAGGGUUGACCAAAAUUGUCAUUGGCGAUGAGGGUGAGAUGAUCGUGGUCACUGAUGGCACAGACUACUCAGGAGUAGAGAUUGGCGACCUGAACGAGGAGCGGUCAGAGUUGUCUGCUGCAUCAUGUAUCUCCCACAGCGAUAGUAUAGAGACUUUACAGAGUGUACGGAGCCUCAGUCCACACCCAGGCCCUUUACAAUUGCCUAGUCACGACAUGAAUGGGAAUCCACAGUUACCUGUUGAGCAAGAGGAAGAAAGUGUCCCUGCUAGUCCGAACCCUGCUACUGGCGACACAGUGCAACAGAUUGAGGUAGAGCCAGAAUCGUUAAAGGAGGAUGAAGUUCCACUGUUGUUCUACCUUCGGCUGCUCUGCAAAAGAUUCCUUCUGACGGGUGUGCCGGAGGGUCUGGUGUCCGACAAGCAAGUGCGGGUCAGCCUCAAGUCUCUGGCCUUGGGCUGUGUGGCCCACAGUGUGGCCAUCUGUCCCAGACUCUUUCUCUUCAAGGUGUGCCCUACCGCUACUGGAGCAGGCAGUGACCAGAACUUACAAGAUUUGACACUGUAUGCUGGACACUCAGACCACCAGUUGAAAGGUCAAACAGCACUGGUCCUUGGUAGUUUUAUCCGUGCAGCGUUAUUAGAGGGGCGAGCAGACUUCUCCCAGUGGGUCAUGGAACAUUUGCCUUCUGAACAAAAUGUCCUGUCUCUGGAGGAUUUAUUGCGCAUCAUUGUGAACAUUUUGGGAGAUGAGUCAGCUGUGGCUGUGAGGGCUGGGCUGGUGGCCUUGCAGAUGUGUCUGUCCCACCUGCUGGACAGCUGCCAUGGCCGUCUAGGCCUCAGUAUACUGCUUGAUCUUCUCUGUAUACAUAACAACCCUUAUUGGCUUGUUAAGGUGGAACUGCUUGAAUUAAUGGCUGGUUUGAACUUCAAAGUGAUCAGCUACAUGGAGUCAAUCUCACCGGACAUCACUAGAGGAGAGCACAAUUACCUAGGGAAAAUGUGUCUACAGCAGCACUGCAUCCAGGAGAUUUUGCUUCCUCUUUUAGGAGAUGAAGACGCUCGUGUGAGGACUGCUGCAGCUAAUGCUUUUCUGAGACUCAUUCCCAAGCUGUUCUAUGCUUCUGAUAGCCCCCAGCAGGAUCCUGUGCUAGCUGUUGCUUCAGACCAGACUCGUUACCUUCUGACUCCAAUGAUGUCACCAGUGCUUAGUGGUCAGCUGCCACCUUUAGUACAAGGACUAGUGGGUCCGUAUAAACAUGAUGAGUUGGCUCAGGUGUGCCCAGCCACAGAGAGUGCAUUGUCCCGUGUUGUGCAGAUGUUGCUACAUAACCUGCUGGUUUCCAAUUCCCGAUAUAUUACUAGUGGUUGUUGCAAUGCCCUGUGCCGCUUGUCAGAGGAGUACCUUGUCACCCAGUACGCUGCCUCAUGGGGCUGCGGCCCUGCCAAGCCAAUUGUACCUAAGGAAAGUGAAGAAAGAUUUGGUAUACGCCGUCCACCAAGUCGCUCACUUAGUGCAUCCAGCAUGGAUGAACUAACAGCUGCCAGUGGAGGUGGGCCACUGCCAAUAGUUAUGUCCCUGAUGCUAUCAUCUCAAGCAGGACUUGAACUCACAACUCAUCAGGACCUUCUACAGCUUGCGGGAAAUCUAGUUGCUGGCGCAGCCUACAAGAACCUCAAAAAUAGUGAUGAGCUAGAUAAGACGUCAGGUGAUGAUGUCAGCUGGUCGGCUGUGUCUGACCGCCUACUUUUACCAAUCAUUGAGCAAUUGUUCACUCACACUGCCAGACUGCUUAAUGCGUGCACUCAUGCCAUAGAGGAGACCAACCCUGGACCCCCACAAGUCAAACCCUCUCUCCCAUCUCUGCCCAAUGCGUCCACUCUGAGCCCAGUGAGGAGGAAGAUGAAGGGGGAGAAAGAUGCCAGUCCACAAGCACCUGUUGGGUCACCAGACCCAAAGACUGGGCAAAAAACUCCAGGCAAAGAUUCCAAAGACUCGGAGAAGGACAAGAAGAAAGAUGGAAUUGGAGCAUUCUAUAACAUUCCUCAGUACAUGAAGCUGUUUGAUGUGCUCAGAGGUUCCUACUCUAAUUUCAAGACCUCUCUGGACCUGACAAGCUCCGACAAGUUCUGCACCAUCCUGCGCUCAGCCCUGAGGGUUCUGUCUCAGUUGUUGGAGGUUGCCACACUACAGGAUGUAGGCAAAGUGACUGAGGAGAUGCUGGGCUACCUUAAGGUCACCAUGGCUUUGGAGCCCACCUGGACCGUUCUUUGUGUCCAGCAGCUGCUGAAAGCUCUCUUUGGCACCAACCUCGCCAGUCAGUGGGAACCCAGCAAGCAGUCAGCGGCACCAAUUCUGGCCGAAGUUUCAACUCGAGUCACUGCAGGCACCAGCCCGGGGCUCUACCACCACUGCCUCAACAGACCCUAUGCCCAGCUGGCUCACUGCCUGGUGGCAGCUGCUUGCCGGGCCACUCUACCCGCAGACGAGGCACACAGCUCUCUCUUGUGGUUGAAACAACGUGUGGAUCGCAAACUACCGGCAAUUCUGAAACCAUCCAGCAAAGUUGACAAGUCUGUAAUUGGUUCGUACAUUCGUCUCUUUGAGCCUUUGGUCAUCAAGUCCCUGAAGCAGUACACAGUUACCUCAAGUCUAGAACUACAGUGCCAAGUGCUUGCCCUGCUAGCUCAGCUCAUUCAACUGAGGGUGAACUAUUGCUUGCUGGACUCUGACCAGAUCUUCAUUGGCUUUGUACUGAAACAGUUUGAGUACAUUGAAGAAGGGCAAAUAAGGAACUCUGAGCUUCUCAUCCCGCACAUCUUUCAAUUCCUUGUUAUGCUGUCAUAUGAGAAGUUCCAUAGCAAGUCCAUCAUUGACAUGCCACGGAUCAUCCACCGCUGUGACGGGAUUAUGGCUAGCGGCUUGCAGCCCACUACUCACGCCAUCCCAGCAUUACGACCUGUGGUGUACGAGCUGUUCCUGUUACGUGGUACUGUCAAGUCUGAGGUAGGCAAGGACCUGGAGACCCAGAGAGAGGUUGUUGUCUCCAUGCUGCUGCGACUGGUACAGUACUAUCAGGCUGUAGACAUGUUUGUGCUGGUGUUACAGCAGUGCCACAGGGAGAGUGAGGAGCGCUGGAAACGACUCUCGCGUCAGGUCAUGGACGUUGUCCUUCCUGCUCUUGCAAAGCAAACGAUGAACCUAUGCAGCCAAGAAUCUCUGGAUGUGCUUCAUCGUUUGUUUGAAUCUGUGUCGCCGAGUGUGUUUCGUCCUGUAGACACCUUGCUCAAGACUUUGCUGGCACCUCCUCAUGACAUAAGCACAGUGCAGAGUCUGCAGAAGUGGAUGUGUCUUGUCCUGACUAUAGUGAGAGUUCUCAUCUCCCAGUCCAAGGAAGAUGUCAUCCUCUCAAGACUCUCUGAGCUGCAGCUGCAUGUAUGUCUGAUUCGUGAUGUUGACAACACUGACAGUGCAGCUACCAGCUCCAUGAUUGAAGUGUUAAAGAACUUGGCACCCGAGGAAACGCUGGCCUGGUACUUGCUGCAGGUGAUAGGCAAGUGUUCUGAGAUGUUGGACAAAGAGACUGCUCUGCUUAGCUCGGCCGGUGGUGGGGGAGCUGGAGGAUCAUCUGGAGAUGGAGAAAGUCGCUACCACUUUCUGCUUCAGCAGACUCUGCACCUUCUACUGUACAUCACACACAUGUUCCAGUCAGGUUUGUUCCGCCGGGUGGUGACAGCAGCAAUGCGCCUGCUCCAACUGGAGUCUCCCGCGUGUGUGUAUAGUGUGCGUCAAAUCAACCAGCACAUGGUGGCUGUCAGCAGCGUGUGCCCCACCCUCACCUUACACUGGUGCUAUGUGCUCAUCUUACUCAACUUUGACGACCGCAGCCUGUGGAGCACGGUUGUCCAGACCCCUCCGACGUACAAAGUUAUGGCUCACAGGAGCCACCAAUACUCUCAGAGCACAGAGGACCAUGAUGCAACACUGACCCCACAACAGAGGUCAUCUCAGUGCUGUGGCCUUGAGAUGUUGAGACGUGGGGGCCUCAUUCUCUUUUGUGACUAUGUUUGUGAGAACCUGAGUGAUGCAGAGCACAUGACCUGGCUCAUCAUAAACCAUGUGAGUGACCUCAUCUUACUGUCACAGGAGUCGCCAGUCCAGGACUUCAUCGGGGCCAUCCAUAGGAACCCAGCUGCCAGCAGUUUGUUCAUCCAGGCUAUACAUGCUCGUGGGGACAGCAUUACAAAGCCACAUCUGGUUAAACGGACUCUUCGCUGUUUAGAAGCAGUUCACAGCUCUCAAAGUGGUUCACUUGUGGCAUUGCUAGUGGACACGUUCUUGGGCAGCCACCAGCUGGCCAUUGCUCGACUGACAGAUGCCAUAGUGUGUCAUCGCUUGGAGACCUUACUUGGGGAGACAGCUGGGGAAAUCACUAAACAGUUACCAAAGGAAGACAUAGAAAAGCUCCUUCAGUUUAUGAAGUCAAAAGGAUUGAUACAAAGACACCAGAGGCUGACAUCUUUGUUAAGCAAACUGGGAACUGCAGCGGGCUCUACCUCUCAGGUCCGACUGUCCCCCGAGCGAUCUAACCCCCUGAGUGGCCCUGUCACGAAUGUGGCCAAUGUUACCAUUGACAAGGAGUUUUACUUGGCGGUGGUGAAAGAGCAGUGUUUCCAAGCCAGUCCCAACAUCAGGGAAUGUGCCUUCCUAUUGCAACGACUAGAGUACCCAGAUAUUCUUUCUAUCACAAUGACGUCGGAGUUUAAUCUGUCUGUGCUAGAAGAGUGCAUGUCGCUCGGUGCGUUCCGCUCCGUUCUGAGGUACAAUCGUGAUGCGGAGGCCGGCACACUAAGUCCCUUGGCUGCCCCUGGAGAGCGCAUCAUGGACCCUCUGUUUUUAGCCUCGGAGUUGACACUGUUCAGGCAUAUCAACAAUGUGGUGAAUCAACUGCCCACCCCACAUCAGUGCCUGUCUUUCACAGACUGUGGCCCGGCCUCGAGCUUACACUACAUGGACCGUAUGGAGGAGCUGUUCACUGAUGCUGCCUGGGUUCACGCCAACUUUAACCUGGCUGCUGCCCUGGUGCGACACCUGGUGGCGCUGAGUCACUUCCCGUGGCGGGCAGAGCUGCCGGCUGAUUCCCACCAUGAUGUGGCACGGUUUGCUGUGUUGUGUGCAGAGCUAAUCCACUGGUCAUUGCGGCAUGAGCUGAUGCCAGAGUCUGAGCAGAUCCAGACUUGUCUGAGUUGCCUGUCCCUGCUUCUGCAGGAUGGAAAGUUACAUAGUCAGCUGGGCCAAAUAGAGAACGCAAGCUGUGUGUGUGCAAUUGUUGCAGCCUUGUAUCAGGUUCUUUCUUCAUUGGCUGUCCUCCCUGGAGAGCAGGUGGCAAAUUUGUAUCAUGAUGAGCACAGAGAGGAAGCAGAGGAAGAUGAUGUUUCACUGUCUGCCUGUCUGGUUCGUGCCUGUGAGCAGAUCUCAGAGCUUGUGCAUUGCCUACACACCCGAAUGGACCCCAGCUACACCAAAGAACCGCGACUGCCACCUUUCUUAGCUUCAUCCUUCCGCAACAUUGUCAUAUCUGUGUCAAGACUGCCGGUGGUCAACACGUAUGCCCGCACUCCACCUCUAGUCUGGCGUCUGGGCUGGUCCCCGACCCCAGGUGGUGAACUCCGUACCUGUUUACCUCCCCUCCCUGUGGAGUACCUGCAAGAAAAGGAUGUCUUACGAGAGUUUGUGGCACGAAUAAACUUUUUGGGCUGGGUGAACAGACAACAGUUUGAGGAGAGUUGGAUGAGUUUGCUGGGAGUGCUGAACCCUGUCUCGCACACUGGUCAUGACUUGUCGCCGGAGGAGGAAAUAGAACAGGCCCAGGGCAUGGUUUUAGCCGUCAAGGCUAUCACGUCUUUGCUGCUACAGGCCUCUCUGGUGCCCACCUCAGGCAACACGGCCAACAGCUGCUACGAGACUCGGCCCCGGGACAAGCCCCUGGCCUUCUUACACACCAGAUGUGGCAAGAAAUUGUCAGUCAUACGAGGUCUGAUCGAGCAAGAAAUUAUCAACUUGUGUGCAUCAAGGCCAGACCGACUGGUAGCUCAAGCCUACUGCGGUAACCCUUCGGACAAGGCCAGUGUGAGUCUGUUUAAUGGUAAUCUGGAGCGAGAGAUUGGCUCGGAGGAGUACAGCCUUGGACAGAUCUCCAUCGAGUCCACCUGGUCACUUGUUGGAAACCUUGACCUUCCCUUGUCCACCUCUGAAAGCACGGAUUCUCCCGACAGUACCGCCGGUCAGGCUGCUGCUGAGACCACCCCCAGUGCCACCUCUCCUUCCUCAGGCUCCGGCUCAGCCAGCAGCCCAGAGGGUGUGUCCUCUCGCUCGGUCAGUCGCUGCGGCCUGGACAUCCACUCAUGCUUACAGUUUCUGCUCGAGUUGUACGGGGCGUGGCUUCAUGUGGACAACAGCCCAAAACCACCACUCAUGCUUCUCAACUCUGUGGUCAAGUCGAUGGUGAGCCUGUCCGAUCUGUUUGUGGAACGAGAGCAAUUUGAGUUCAUGCAGGACAUUCUGCUUGACCUUCUCAAAGGUCACCCUGCAGAGGAUGAGCUAGUCACACAGUACCUGGUGGUUGGCCUGUGCAAGUCAACAGCCGUUGUCGGCACGGAAGCCCUGGUCAACGAGCGAAUGGUCAAACUUGUUGAGUCUGGUCUAAAGAGCACUCACCUGCCCACGAAGAUCUCGGCGCUGCAUGGCGCCCUGUAUGUCCUGGAGACGGGGGUCUCUGACCUCAGCACUGCCUUCCUGCCUGUCCUCACAGAUUUCCUGGCCAAGCAUCUGGCUAUUGUCUCGCAGGUUUGCAUCAUCAGCCAGCAGUUUGUGGUCAACAUGUGGGCUGUCGCUUUUUACAUCAUUGAAAACUUCACCAACGAAAUCAAAGACCUUGACUUCUCUUCGAAGAUUAUGCCUCUGGUUGUUCAGACAGCUUCUGGUACAGAGGAGACUGUGUCCACUGCUGUGUUCCUGGUGGUCAUGAAGGGAACAGAGAGGCUGCUGCUGACGGAUGUUUUGACACAGACGGACACAGAGACGAUCAUCAAGCUCAGCAUGGACAGGUUGUGUUUACCAAACCCUCAACGUGCCCUAGCUGCCUUGGGCCUCAUGUUUACCUGUAUGUACUCAGGUAAAUCUGUUGACCAGUACAGCCCUCGGCCUCGGGAGGAACAGACUUUUGGAGAGCCUGGUUUUGAACUACUGCACCAAGACCCAGACUCUCUUAUCCUCGCAAUGGAGAGAGUCACUGUGCUUUUUGACAGGAUAAAAAAGGGCUAUCCAUACGAGGCACGAGUGAUCACACGUUUGUUGCCAGCAUUCCUUGCUGACUUUUUCCCAGCUCAAGAUAUAAUGAACAAAGUGAUAGGGGAAUUUCUGUCAGCUCACCAGCCCUACCCGUAUCUCAUUGCCAAGGUUGUCUUUCAGGUAUUUGCCACGUUGCACCAGCAGCAGCAGCAGUCUUUGGUGCGUGAGUGGGUCAUGCUGAGUCUGUCAAAUUUCACUCAGCGCUCACCACCAGCCAUGGCCAUGUGGAGCCUCAGCCUGUUCUUCAUCAGCGCCUCCACCAACAUCUGGCUCCGUGCUCUUUUUCCACAUGUCUUGGGACGCAUGGGUCACAUGGAAAGCUUAGACCGACAGCUGUUCUGUUUGUGUGCACUUGACUUUUAUCGCCAGCUGACGGAGGAGGGACAGCGACGAGCAUUCCUAUCAACGUUCCAAGCCAUCGCAGCUCCAGAGUCUCCAUACAGUGAUUUGGUGGCUUGUCUUGCUUAGUCUGUGAAUGACUGUGCAGCUCCUGCUGUUCAAACAAUCGGGUCUGCUCCCAAAACUUCCACUUUACCCGAUAUUUCCAGAAUGUGAAUGUCAACUUGUCUUGUAGGAAGCAAUCCAAAAUGUUCCGGGAACCUUGCUAGAAAAAAGUAGCACCAAUUCAUACUGAAGAUACCAUUCCAUAAGGCUGUGAAUAAAGCACUAUAUCAGAUUUUUUUAAUGGUCAUGUGAGAGAGGUAAAACAAUCAGAAUUAUUGCAUAACUUUUUCCUCUAUCUUGUUCAUGACGAUUCUUUAAAUUUUGUGUAUGGCCAUCCUGCAUAGCUGUGGCUGGCAGUUAGUGUGUAAAUUCUGUACUAUUUGUUUCCCCUCAAGUAAAACUUUUGAGUCAAAAUGACGGUAUGACUUAAGAUCUCAGUUUUGUUCAUAGCUGAACUGUUGACAUGCUCUCUGGCAUGCCUCACUGCCAAAGCUGGCUACCCAUCGAUGCUGAGAUUAUAUCAGCAAAUGACUUAUAUUAAAAUUGUUUUGUGUUUUGGGGGAUUUUUUUUCAGUGCAAUAUUUAAGAUGUGAUUUUCUAAAGCUGCAAGUGGUUAGAAUGUGUCCUGGCCUUUUGCAGGUAUCUCAUUCCAGAUUUAAAAAAUGGAUGGUGUGAGUGUGAGCAGGGUGCUUCAACUGAGGUAGCUAUGUCUUACAUUUGGGAUUGCCCUCAAUAUCUGUUUCAUUAUUUCAUGCCUCUGUUGAGACUGCUCCUCUUGUUUGACAUGGCCCAGUGAUUGACUUUUUACCAGAAAUGUUUGUUCAUGAGCGAAUGUUUUUGUGUGUUUUGCAUCUAAGGAUGAAAUGAAAGUAGACUGUAUGAUAUUUCCACAUAUGUUUCAGUUUAAUGAACAUUCCAAAUUGAAUUUGAUAGCAUGGUUGACAAUGUAAACAAUCUUUUAAUGUUUUUCAUCCUUGAUGUUAUUCUUGUUUCUUUUUGUCUCUUGAUAACCAUUUGAGAUAUGUUGAUGUAUGAUUGCACAUAUUUUAUUCUAAGAAUGUACAGUUCUGCUGUAUGUGCACUAUGCCUAGCACAGAACUAUUAGGCUUUCAUUCAGCUGUCUGUUAUCAGCUUCUUGAGUGUAGAUGUCCUACAGUGCACUACACAGUUUCUUCAUGGUGCCAAAAGUCAAGGGUUAGAUGUCACUGCUCCUCGUAGAUCAUCUCACUGUGCACAGUGUAGCAGUCCCACAAGUGUAGUGUAUGUGCUGUGGUCAGUAGUACAGUAAUGAGCAAGGCUUCAAAGAUGAAAUGCUUAAACAUAAUAGCAGCCUUCGGAGAAGACCACAGAAUGUGUGCACUCUCUUACGUUCAACUGUCUGUCAAUCUUUAUGUGAAUGUUUCUAUCUCUCUGCUGCUCUUGUUUCCUUUCUUUCUGACAUUCUCUUUCCAAUGAUCUUUCUUGUUUCUUUUUCUUUUGGCGAAAGUUUGAUGAUAUAUGUGCUGUUUUCAUUUUAGGCAUAUCAUUGUCCUGUAUACUUUACAUAAUGUUGCAAUAUUUUGCUUUACAAAGAGUGUACUUGGGUUUCUUUCCAUUUGUGAGGCUUCACAAUGGUUGCACCCUUGUCUCUAAUGUAUGACUGAAGUAAGUUAUAAUCUGGAGUUUAGGAUGCUGCUUUUAACCAGAGUUGCAGAUUUGACUUUACUUUUGACUUCAAAUUUGACCGUGGAUUUGGAUUCUGAAAGCUGAUCGUACAGCUGUACUUUUGGGAUCAAAACUUUCUAUAAUCAAAUUUACCGUUAUGAUGAACGCCAGUCUUGAACUGGCUAUGUAGUGAUAAAUAUUACUCUUUCUGUACACUGAAAGAUGAUGACUUUGUUUGUCUCUCCUACAUACACUUUCAAAUCUGUUUUACUUUACUGCAUAUCAGUACUGUGAAACUCAGAUAUAAUGGGCCUGAUAUUCAAUUUCAUUGAAUCUGAGUGUUAGUUAUAGCAGUGUGAACUAGUUACUUCACAAUGUGGGACCACAGCAAAAUAUUUUCGAAGGCCAGCACUCAAUUCAUAACGUAGAGUAAAAGCUAUGUCUCGACUAGCCUUUCAUAUUCCAGUAGCCGAGGAAGGGGUUGGAUAUGACUGUGACAUGUCUGUAUUUCUGCAGACUUUUCAUGCCUGAAACGCUUGUUCCACUAUUUACGGUACAGCAGACAAUUGAUCAAGAGCUAUUUGUCUGAAUGAAUCAGCUGUCAGGGGAAAGCAGCUGUGCAACGGGGUUCUUAAGUGUGCAUUCUGAGCAUAGUGCUUUAGAUGAAUGAUGCAUGGACUGUGUUUUCUCAUCCGGGAAAGAAUUUCAAAUGAAACUUACUUUUCAAAGGAUUUUAAAAUGAUGCUUUCGUUGCUCAUGCAAUGCUGCUUCAGGACAUGCUUGCAGCAUGGAAGAUUGAAGAAUGCAGAAAAACCUGUGGAGAACUAGAGAAUGUAAGAAAGAAGUAUGUUCCACCUUUUAUGAAUGAAGAGGGGCCCUCAGCAAGAUAUAAAUGAAUUAAAUGUUCAAACUUGCGAACAGGAAACAGUUUGGAAGCUAAGGGAUGAGGGAAGUGAGGACUGCUUUUAAUCAAAUGAAAGGAAAAGACAGCAACAAAAGUGUUAUUUAUGUUCACACAUGAAAGAGUCAUUAUCAUGAAUCUUUUCUUUGUACUCACUACAAUAGGCAUUCUCUGGCACAUUUUGGGGUAUGCAGUGAUACAUGUUAUCAUCACAGGACAUGAAAUGUUUUUUGCAACACGUUUGUCUGUAGUUUGGAACAGUGCCUAUUUUACUCCUUUUAUUUUAUUAUUCUUAUUGGAGGAAAUUUGCUAUUUCUUAUUUCUCGGUCUUUUCUUUUAAAGUUAUUUUAAAGCCUGACUUCAUACAUAUUUUUUAUUGUGACUCAUAUAUGUGUUUGUCAGGUGUUCAAAACAAAUUUGGCAUCCAGAAUAUGAAAAUGAUGAUAGUCCCUAUUGUUGUUUUUUUGUUGUUGUCUGUUUGAAGUACAUGUAAUAUUAUUUCCAAAAAUUAGAUGCACUCAUAGUGUGUUCAUUUUUUAAUAGCAGCAUUGACUAAUUGUUUUUCAUUUUUGACAGUCCCACUCGCUUGGCUGGAUGGUCAACUUGUUGUUUCAGGUGAAAUCACUUUUGAACUUGAUUCUUGUUCUUGUUUUCAUGAAUAUCAGCACCCAGUUGUAUGUACUGGAAGAAACCCACAACAAACAUCACCCACAAUGCAGGCCUUGUAGUUUGUUUGCAGCGAAGGCGUAUUGUGCUUUCCACAGGGUCUUAUGAAACUCGGAGCUGAAUCUGCUCAGCGUUGAUAGAUCUUUUGGAGGUAAUACUUCGUUCUUUUUUGGUGUUUACACAAGCAUGGUAGACAACAUAUUGUUAUUGCUGGGUAUCUGUUUAUCUCUCUCCCUCUUUCUUCAUUGAUCUGUCUGAAUGAAUGAACCCGGUUUUUAGUCCAAUUUCAUUUUAAAGAUCUAUCCAUAUGGCGAAAAUAUGGGGGGCUAUCCUCAGACUUUUCUCAUGAAACUUUUUCUUCUGUCAGUCCCAACAUCCUGUGAAGCAUCAGGGUUUGUUUCUCUCCUUGUACAAAGCGAGAUUAUCUGGUCAUUUCAACCCCUCCAUACUUAACUGAAUAUGACUCACUUCAAGGGGAUUGUGAGGAUCAUGGGACCACAGAAAUGCUAUUGUGGUUGAUUUUUCUGGGUUUUUUCAAGAGACUAACUCAGCUGGCACCAUAAAUUGUUUGCAUCUUCCAAUCAGUUUGACCCUUUGUUUUUCUUCUGGGUACUGAUUUUUUUUACCCAAAUAAUUUUUACUUUUUUUCUCUAUUAUUGUAAUUGAGGAUGAGAAUUAUAGUACUGAUAGGAGAGUUGCAAGCACUGUUGAAGAAAGGCUGAGUUGAAAAAUUCCUCUCUAUAGUGAUAUGCAUCUGUUCUAAUUUUCCUUUUUACAUUUAGGGUUUGUUAAUGAUUUCCAGGGGAUGCUCUUCCUUUUACAAAUAAACUGGGCAUGAGAACAAAGUAUUUGUUAAUUUUUUUUUUCUAGAUAAUUGUCUUGUAUUUAUGCAGUAAACUGGGUGCAGUGUUGAAUUGCAUUGGAAUUGCCAUAUUAUUUGCCAGUGUCAUUCCGCUUAACACAGUUGACAGUGACAAAGGACGUAUGUUGUGGAGUCUUGUUGAGGACAGGGUUCCUGAGUGUCAGUGAGAAGUGUGCUAAGGUAAUUAUUAUAGUCUGAAAGCUUUGAAUCCUGCUGUCUGUUAUGGAGUGUGUGCACGCUGUGAUUUUAUUGAAGAUAGAAGGUUCACCAUUCACACUGUGAUAUCAUUUAACAUGGAAGUCCCCUCUGGAAUUUCGAAGUUAAAUGUACUUUUGACUUCAUUGAUUACAAUGUGCACUCCUUUUUGCAGGCUUUGUAUAAUGUUGUAUUUAGGAGGUCACUACAUUAUAAAUAGCUGGUGAGGUUGUUGCAUUAUACAGGUAUAUGUGACUUUAGUGCAGCCAAAGAGUGGCACUGAUAUUGUUCCUGUCUGCUUCUGGAUGUAAGCAUUUGCUUUUUUCAUAUUUGAACAUCUUGAGUUUUGAUGAUCAUUUGCUUUAUUAUUUGUGUAUCUUAUGAAGUUGUUUCUUUACUCUUGUGUUAAAAUACACUUUUUGGUUAUACAGCUC